GGGAGGGGCAUGUUCGUGCCGCACACGGGCCAUUUUGGGCGGCCGGGAUGGCGGGGUGAGGGCCUCUACGACGCGCACACGGCGCGAUUGCACACAAACGCGGCCGCGUGCACAUCCGGGGAAUAGUCUGCGCACAUCUGCGGGGCGCACAGCUGCAUUCAGGGCGGUGGGAAGCUCGGGCGAGGCGGGAUGCUCGACUUUCGUGUUUCUGCCGCUGAUUUUGCCAUUCCCCGACGCCCCCGAGCGGCGUUUCGCAUCUACGACACGCAGAACGUGCAUCGUAUGUGCGUCGCGGUGCUACCGUGCCCACCGUACCGGUUUGGCAGAUUGCUGAGGAGAUGCCAGGGCGCGACGGCCGAAUUUCCGUGUCCGCGCCCCCAGCCGCACCCGGCGAUCGCGCAAACGGUCGAAUUUCAAACCGUCUGCGGGCCCCCGGACGCGGUGGGAGACGGUGCAGAGGGGCCAUAGCCGCGCUUGUGCAAACGUACGAGGCGGUAGGGGG